UCAGCAUUUGCCAAAAGCUAGUGCAGCUGAUGCAUGGGAAUAUCUGGGUAGUGCAAAAUCCUCAAGGUUCUGCUCAAAGCAUGGCACUUGUUAUUCGGUUUCAAGUCCGACCAUCCAUCACCAUAACAAUGACUGAGUCCGGAGAAUCUUCAGACCAGCCACGUUCCAACUCUCUUUUCAGGGGCUUGCAAGUUUUACUAGCUGAUGAUGAUGAUGUGAACCGUGCUGUAACUCGAAAGCUUCUUGAGAAGUUGGGAUGCACUGUUUCUGCUGUGUCAUCUGGAUUUGAAUGCCUUAGUGCUAUUGGGCCAGCCUCAUCUCCUUUUCAGAUUGUUAUUUUGGAGCUUCAGAUGCCUGAGUUGGAUGGAUUUGAAGUUGCAAUCAGAAUUCGUAAGUACCGAAGUCGAAGUUGGCCAUUGAUUGUUGCCAUGACUGCUAGUGGUGAUGAAGAUGUCUGGAAAAAAUGUUCACAGAUUGGAAUGAAUGGAGUUAUUCGAAAACCAGUGCUGUUACAAGAAAUUGCCAUUGAGCUUCGAAAAGUCCUGGUGCAGGCAAACAAAGUUGUGUGAUGAGACCUGCUUUAAGUUGCAGAACUCUGGCAGCCUUGAAUCUUUUCAAAUCAAUUUGGGGUUUCCAUAGACUAAGAAAACAUCUUUUGGCCCCUUCAAUUCCCCUCCGUGCUUCCUGCAUAGAGAUGUUACACACACAACCUUCACAGUCAAAAUGGUAUACAAAGUUAGCUCCUUUACCUUUUCCCCCCCUUAAUGUGCUCAAGCUCUUGUGCCAUUGCGUAGAUAGUUUCAGAUCUAAUCAUUAGUUUACUAGAAUUCUCUUCAACAUCAUUCUAAUAAAAUAGAUUACAUGCACAGUGCAAAACUAGCUAGAUAAAGUUAUUGCAGGUUCCAAUUCAGCUGGUACAGCAUUUUGGGAACAUACUUAGAGUGCUAUGGUAUAGAUACAACUUGGCAAUUGUAAGGCAGUUUAUUCUGUGCCAUUUGAAAAGAAAUGGUUCAUAGACAAUUCAAAAUCUCUAGGUGAAACAUUUUGCAGAAGUUGUAUUUGUAGAAAGUUGUUCAUCAGCCUGCCUUGUGUCGUGCUAGUUCUGCCUUCUGUCAUAAUUGAAAUUUCAGUUAGUGAA